UGAACUGUGUGGUUAUGCGAGGACUCAAUGAAGAUGAGCUGCUGGAUUUUGUUUCGCUUACAGAAAAGCAGCCCCUGGAUGUGCGCUUUAUAGAAUACAUGCCUUUUGAUGGCAACAAGUGGAACUUCAAGAAAAUGGUGAGCUACAAGGAAAUGCUAGAUACAAUCACACAAAGAUGGCCAGACUUGAAAAGGUUGCCCUGUGAAGAAGCCUCUAGCACUGCCAAGUCAUAUAAGGUACCACAUUUUCAGGGGCAAGUCAGCUUCAUCACUUCCAUGUCUGAGCAUUUCUGUGGAUCCUGCAAUCGACUGAGGAUCACGGCUGAUGGGAACUUGAAGGUCUGCCUUUUUGGAAGUUCAGAAGUAUCCUUGCGGGAUCACUUACGAUUUAAUGCCUCGGAAGAGGAGUUGAUCCAGAUUAUUGGAGCAGCUGUUGGCAGGAAAAAGAAACAACAUGCAGGCAUGUUCAACAUCUCCCAAAUGAAGAACAGGCCAAUGAUCCUCAUUGAGGCAACAUCAAGGUCAUUCCCACUGCUCCAAGAUGCCCUGCAGGACCAAGCAAAUUUGAAUGAUUGGGACCUCAGACAAGGCCACUGCCUGACUCUGAAAGAAAGUUUAUCCAAACAGAUGGGGAAAAUGUUUAAAACAAAUAUGUUUACAGGACACCAUGCCUUGCCAGGAUCUUACUCAGCACGACAGCUUGCAUCAAGGAUUCCACAAGCUCAGCUCAGUAGCAAUUGCUUUCUCCAAAAGAGUUUGAGCUCCAGCUUGAAUGAAAAGUGCCUUUGGACAGGAACUCCUCUCUCCAAGCAGGUUUCCCGUGUGACUGGAGACAUUCAUUCUGGGAUGAUAAGCCAAGCAGAGAAGGGUUGGAGAUCUCUUUCUACUGCCAAAUUUCUUGGUGCCUCUGAUUGUUUAACCCACAUUGACCGAGAAGGCCGGGCAUCAAUGGUAGAUGUUGGAGGGAAGCCAGACUCCAAAAGGAUUGCAGUGGCUAGUGCCAUAGUCCUUCUGGGUACAAAGGCAUUUGAUUUGGUGCAGCAGAACCAAAUAAAAAAAGGUGAUGUGCUGGCCGUGGCCCAGAUAGCUGGAAUCCAGGGAGCCAAGCUAACAAGCCAGCUCAUUCCCCUGUGCCAUAACGUCCCACUGAAUCUGGUUGAGGUUGCUCUUAGUCUGGAUGCAGAAAAACAUGCUGUUGUCAUUCGGGCUCUUUGCCACACCCAUGGAAAAACUGGGGUGGAGAUGGAAGCUUUGAUGGCUGCCAGUCUUGCUGCUUUGACAGUGUAUGAUAUGUGCAAAGCAGUAAGCCAUGACAUAAUCAUUGAAGAUGUAAAACUCCUCAGCAAGCAAGGAGGCCAAAGGGGUGACUUUAAGCGAGACUGAUUCCAAACUAAAAGUUUUUAAUCAUGAGAUCAACGUACAUUAUCUCCUGGAUACAGCUUUAGUGGCAUCAUCUUCAGUAUUAGGAACCAGGAUUCUGACCAUUAACCUUGCUAAAUCAUAACCUGACUUGUUUGUCUUGUUUUGGCUGUAUAACAUAGCUCAAGUCUACUUGUUGGCCUGCCUUUUUCCAUAUAGCAACUGUCCUUUUUGCCUCUCACACUGCUUCGAUUUGCAGUAGUUGCUAAAGGUACUUGUGGUUAGCACUUUAUUCUGAUUUUGUACAAGUUUAUGAUUUUCAGUGUUCACGGUAUUCCAUCUCCUUUCAACGGCACUAAAAUAUUCACACAGCAGGAUUUCAAUAUGAAUCUCCUGUUUAAGAAUAUUCAGAUCCAGAAUUCUCAGAUGAAUUAUGAGUUACCAUAUGGUAUCCUAACACUGGAAAAUAUAAACUGUGAGUCACCUUGAUCACUCCCAACUUAGAUCAAAGAUGAUUUUGAAUAGUGAGAAUAAUUUCAAUUUGUCUUUAAAAAUGAAAGGUAAAUGUUUGUUGGUUGGAAGUAGCUGCAAACUAUAUACUGUCAAAAGUAUAGAUUCCCAAUAGUGCUAAGCACAAUUCCUUGCACAAUUAACCUUGUCUUCUGGCAGCAAAUUUAUGUCUUUUUUUUUUUUUUGGCUUUGAGUCAGACUUGACUCCUGAUGAGUACAGGGACUAAUCCAUGCAGUUUUGUAGGCAACAUAUUUGGAAGUGGUUCACCAUUGCUUUCUUCCUAGGGCUGGCGGUUGUUUAAUUUUCUUCUAAUCUUCUAGUCUUCCAGAUUCUUUCAUCAAAAUUAUUUUUCAAAGCUCAUAGACUUCUUUCUCUUCUCUAAGG